UUCAUUGCUGUCUGUGCUUUGUUCGCCGUUGCCAGUGCUGGCGUCAUCCCAGCCACUGAGGUAUAUCAUGCUGCUCCUGCUGCUGCCGUAGUUAAAACCGUUACUCCUGUUCAUGUUGCUGCCCAGCCUAUUGUGGCCAAGGCUGUAGAAGAAUUCGAUCCCCAUCCUCAAUACAAAUAUGCCUAUGAUGUCCAUGAUACCAUUUCGGGUGACUCGAAGAGUCAAGUUGAGGAACGUGAUGGCGAUGUGGUCCGUGGUGAAUAUUCAUUGAUCGAUGCUGAUGGUUUCAAACGUACCGUCCAAUAUACCGCUGAUGAUGUAAAUGGUUUCAAUGCUGUUGUUAGUCGUGAACCUGUUGUGGCUAAGACUGUUGUUGCUGCCGCUCCAGCUACUGUUGUCAAGACUGUUGCUGCUGCACCAGCUGCUAUUGUGAAAACUGUAACUCCUGUCGCUCACAUUGCUGCUCCCGCUGCUGUUGUUAAAACCGUAGCUCCUGUCGCUCACAUUGCAGCUCCUGCUGCUGUUGUUAAGACUGUAGCUCCAGUGGCUCAUGUUUCCCAUGUCGGCACACCAGUUGUUGCCCAUGUUGCUGCCCCUGCCACUUACAUUGCUCAUCACUAAAUU